CUGGCAUAUUUGUGUUUACCAUCAAAGUAACGACAGCUGAAAGCCGGACAUCAGCUGACCGCGGGCAACGCCGUUUUCCCGAUUCCCCUACCCACGCGCCCCAAAAAUCGCACCACAAUGAAUCAGGAAGAUCUGUACUGGUUCACCUUCAUUCUCGUCACACUGCUCGGGUUCUUUACGUACAAGCUGCUAACCCGCCACCGGUCCUACUUUCGACUGUUGCGUGUACCCUUCGAGCGGCCCCACUUUCUGUACGGUAAUUUGGACGAUGUGCUUAGCGGCAAGCUGACGACGAUGGAGAAAAUCGAACAGUUUUACCGGAAAUUCUCCGCCCAUGGAUUGUUCGGAUUCUUCAACUACAUGACACCGGCCUUGUACGUGCGGGACCCAACUCUUGUACGCCAGCUGCUGCAGCCAAACAUGGGCCACUUCGCGAGCCACGGCUAUUUCCUGGACGAAGAGAAGGAUCGUUUUCUCGGCGGUCAGCUUCAUCUCGUGAAGGGUGCGGACAAGGCAUCGCAGCUAGCCUCCUUCCUUACGCCCGUUUUCCACGCCCCAAGCAAUCUGUCUGCGAUGGACAAAACUGUGCAGCGAUGCUGUGCCGCUUUGGUCGACUUUAUAGCAUCGCGCGUCGAGCUAGAGCUGGAAAUGAAGGCCAUCUUCCUGAAGCACACACUGAACACGUUUGCCGGCAUAGCGUUCGGCAAGGAGCUAAACACAUUCCAGGACGACACGGAUCGAUUCUGUGCCGUGGCAAGCGGGAUGGCAUACGGAACCAAUCCGGUGCAGGUGAUUAAAACGAUGGCAUUCUACCUGGCGCCGGGACUUAUGCGUACCAUCGGCGUACAAUUUACCGACCGACAGGAGAUCGACUAUCUGCUCAAGCAGUUCCGUUCCACAGCUUCCACCGCAACCACCAACUCGAUGGGACGCUUCCUUAAGCAAGCGAAUGACAAACUGAACACUUCGCAGCAACUGUCGGACGAACAGCUGACGGCUCAGUGUGCCACCUUCUUUACGAAGGGUUUCGAACCGACGCUUAAUCUACUCUCGUUCGCUGUCUACGAGCUGGCCCAAAACCCAGCCGUGCAGCAGAAGCUGUACGACGAAAUGGUCACCAGCGGGCUUGCAAACAGUGCGUCCGGUAUACCACCGUACGAGCGUAUCCGUUCGCUACCGUACCUGGACGCAAUCGUACAGGAAACACUCCGCAAAUGGCCACCCCAUCCACUGCUUGUACGCGAGUGCACCAAACCAUUCCUCAUUCCGGCCACCGAAAAUGGAGAUCGAGCAUCGAUCCCGCUGAAGGUGGGUGACAAACUGUACCUGUCGGUGUGGGCCCUCCACCGGAAUGGCGAUUACUUUCCACAGCCGGAACAGUUCCGCCCGGAACGGUUUGUGGGUGGGCAGGUGGUAAGCGUGCCACACAGCAACACACCAUUCAUUCCGUUCGGCAUUGGGCGAGGUUGUGUGGGGCAGGAGUUUGUAAAGUUGGUGGUGAAGGUUACGCUGGUGGCACUGGUCCAACGGUACACGCUGCAACCCGGAGAACGGACGCCCGAACCGUUGAAGCUGAUCGAGUCGGCCUCUUCGCUGGAAGCACGGGAUGGUUUCUGGAUACGGAUGGAACCGAGGGUAGCAAAGUGACGGAAACACACACACACACACACAGUAUUAACAACUAUUUUCGGCGCGUUCAAGACAGAGCCUGCCCAGUUAAAAAGCAAUCAAACCGAAAAAACUAUCAACCAAAAGCGAAUAAAACCCCAUCCAAGUAUCGCACCAAAGCAUGCUUUUCAGUGUGUCUCCUUGGUAACUUGGGCUUGGGCUUUAGGAUUUCGCGCAUAAUUCACGUCGACUGCUCAUAUUCCUAUUAUACACCUACGGGGCAAAAAGUGAAACUUCAAAUUUUCCCAAAAAAAAGCAAAAACAACACAUCGAUUUCGUUUUCGCAAGCUAUCUAAUAUUGUAUAGCAUGUACAAAAUUACCACCACACACACACACACACACACACAGUCUGAACAUUCGUUUCCUCACAUUCCGUCCUAGCUUCUGUGUAUUCCUUUCCGUUGUUCUCUAUCCAAAAAUCGACCUCAUAUGCUGUCACCUCACCGUUUGUCUAUACCUUCAAUAUCAGUUAAAUUACAGCACAAACGAGGAGCAACACAGUAGGCUCUGCCGCUGUAGCAUGUCCUGCCGCUUCCCACCCAACCAGAAGGAGCAAGAUUGUAUAUUCGUAGUCUUUCCUUUUUCCUCGCGCCGAUUAGCAAACAAACGAACUGGCGGCUCACAAUUUUGCUAGCUAAUAAUGAAACCGAUCAACAACGUAUCAACAAACCGGUGCACCAAUCUCUCUCUCUCUCUCUCUCUCUUCACUUUUUUUGCUUCAAUUUGUUCUCUGUCCUACUUAUGUUAGGUACACAGAUCGGCAGGCAGGCAGGAUCGGCCGAUUUCGAUACCGAUUCUGCCACCAAUCACUUUCCGUGCUUCGUUGUCUAUCUUACACAUUCCCUUUGCAUCCCUGGCUAAUAUACUGGCUUGCGCACAAAAAUUGCCCUUUUACGAACGUUGCUACAAGGGGCUAUACACGUAAAAUAGGCCACUCUCUCCCUCGUUCACACACACACACACACACACACACUCAAACACACACACACACAUUUCUAUAAUAGUUAUAUCACAUUUGAAUAACAAUUUUGCUAAUAAAUUAUUCGAUUUGGUACGAUCGCGAGCACAA